AUGACCAUGACUGUUUUGCCCAGCUUCCAAACCUUCCUGGAGAACUCGGCCACGCCGCAGCGACCUUCGUUUCUGCUGCAGCGCCCGCAUAGCCCCAAGUGCUCAAUUUACGGCAGGCACCUAACCAAUACAACCAGCGGUAUGCACUACAACUACAAUAGCUCUUGCAACAGCAAUUCGCCGGUAUCCAGCCUCAACUCCGAAAGAAACAGCGUGAAAGUGGUGUCAAGUCGCCGCACGAAUUUCAAGCGGCCGCUAACUGACGUGGGUCUUAACGUUUUGCCGCAGUUGCCUUUGACCACCAGCUCCUCGACCGGCAAGCGUGGCAAGAAGAAAUACCUCAAGGAGCGAGAACGCUGCGAGAUCGUGCGCCGCGUGAAUGCCGGGGAGAAGCAGUCCCAUCUGGCCAAGGAGUUUGGCGUAACGCGCGCUGCCGUUUGCUACCUGCUCAAGCACCAGACAGCGACCAUGCGCCGCUUAUCACAGCGCCCCUAUAUGUUGCCCGGUGGCACUUACGGUGGUUGA